AUGCUCCCUCUAUUACUAUUUGUUACAUCAUUUUUGAUUACUAUCACCUCAGCACAAUUCAAUGGUGUGUUAUAUGGUACAGGUACCACUGAACAAUUGAAGUUUACCUUCGGUAGUGACAGCAGCAGUUCUAGCAUAUCGCCAAUCAAUGAGUUCAUCGCCACCGGUAAUUUCCAAAGCACUGCUGGGUCAGAAAGUUUAGAAGUUUCCAAAUCUCAUCAACCGGCGAUUAUGCUCUCUGAUUUCUAUUUCAAAUACGGCAGAUUAACUUACGAAGUUAAAAUGGCCACGGGGCAAACCCUCACUUCUGCCAAAAUGUACAGUAGUUCCACCGGGGUUGGUCUUUCAGUAGGUGGGGUCACUCCAACAACAGUAUAUCCUACGUUGAACGGCACUUAUCUAGAUAAUGAUGGCUAUGAUACUGGGUGUGAUUUGACUGAUGGAUAUCAUAAUUAUACUUUUGAAUGGUCCAAAGACACCAUCCAAUAUUUCUUCGAUGAUAAACUCAUAAAGACCGUCAACAGUUCGAGCGAAUAUUUCAUCAUUGAUCCCGCCACUAUUGGGUUCAUGAUCGAAAGAAUUUCAGAAAAAUCUUCCAAAAACAAGAAAGACGAGAGUGCUCAUUUGAAAUCCAUCACUUUAAACGAUGCCACUGGGUCGUACUUUUAUGUGCUGAAAACCCCAGAUACAGUUUACACACUGGCAGAUCUCAUGGAUGGUGACAGGGUUAUAAUGAAAAAUAGCCUUGAUUUACUGCCAUUUAUUGUGGGAAAUAAUCUGACAAGUGCUGGUUCAUCUAGAACCACUACUACUUUGAGUCCUGCUAAAACCAAUUGA